UUUCUGUCAGCCACUGUUUUUUAUUAAUCUAAAAAGUGAACGUUCAUGAAGGGAGUCUUUACAGCACAGCUGUUGCAUUAAAGACUGCAUUAGUUUUAGCUAGGUGUACCUAAUAAACUGGCAACGAACCGAAUGUGUAGUUCAGAACGCCCCUUGAAAGACAAUCUUGUUCCAUUCAUGCUUUUAUUCAUUGAUCCAAUAGUCUACAUUGUGCAUGCCUAUGAUGUCAAACACACCGCUUUUCAUGAGAGAUAUGCCCAUAUGGAGCGAUCCAUGGGCUCGAAGCAGAGAACAGCCCUGUACAGAGACGUGGUCACCAUCUUGUCGAGGUCGCACGCAGACCGUAACGUCUACCCAUCAGCAGGAGUGCUCUUCGUCCAUGUUCUGGAGAGAGAGUACUUCAAAGGAGAGUUUCCUCCUUACCCAAAAUCAGCUUUGCCUUCAGGUGAUGCCAGCAGUGACCCGAUCACAUUCAACACCAACCUGAUGGGCUACCCCGACCGGCCCGGCUGGCUGCGCUACAUCCAGAGGACCCAGCACAGCGACGGAGUGCUCUAUGGCUCCCCCACCGCAACGCACGCUGGCAAGCCCUCUGUCAUAGAGAUUACCGCCUAUAACAGACGCACUUUCGAGACGGCGCGGCACAACUUGGUCAUAAACAUCAUGGGCACGGAAGAGUUCCCUCUGCCCUACCAGGCUGAGUUUUACAUCAAAAACAUGAACGUGGAGGAGAUGCUGGCCAGCGAGGUGCUGGGCGACUUCCUGGGAGCGGUGAAGAACAUAUGGCAGCCUGAGCGCCUCAACGCCAUAAACAUCACCUCGGCGCUGGACCGUGGCGGCCGCGUGCCCCUGCCCAUCAACAACCUCAAGGAAGGAGUGUAUGUGAUGGUUGGCGCUGAUGUUCCCUUCUCGUCGUGCCUGCGGGAGGUGGAAAGCCCACAUAACCAGCUGCGCUGCAGUCAAGAGAUGGAGCCAGUCAUCAGCUGCGACAAGAAGUUCAGGGCUCAGUUUGACAUCGAUUGGUGUAAGAUCUCUCUGGUUGACAUACACAAAGUGGUCCCGGUAUACAUUACCCGUCCCGACCCGGGCACCGGGAUCCUGCCUGAGUUUGGGGAAUACAACCCCCCGUCUGAGUCUCUGAUGGGCCGGAACUACUUUUCCGACUUCCUUAUCACGCUGGCUGUUCCCUCCGCCGUGGCACUAGUCCUCUUCUUCAUCCUCGGCUACACUAUGUGCUGCCGACGGGAAGGGGUGGAAAAAAGAAACAUGCAAACACCAGACAUCCAGCUGGUCCACCACAGCUCCAUCCAGAAGUCCAGCAAAGAGCUGCGCAGCAUGUCUAAGAACCGGGAGAUCUCCUGGCCCCUCUCCACGCUGCCCGUCUUCAACCCAGUCAGCGGCGAGGUGGUGCCGCCCAUCCACCCCGACAACUACGAGACCACCAGCAUGCCCCUCAUGCAGACACAGACAAAUCUGCAAAACCAGAUUACGAUACCACAGCAACGGCCAUCGGGAGAUAAUUAUGUCAUGUCAACAUUUCGAAGGCUGGAGGUAAAUGGUAUUCCUGAAGAGAGAAAGGUGGCCGAAGCACUGAAUUUGUGACCAGAGACAACGGGUGUCAGAGUGUUGACGGGUGUUGAUUUUCAUAUCCAUAUCUUUGUUUUUUUCUAACAUUUGUGCCAAUCUGCAUGCCUCAAAAGUGUCUUUACAAAAGAUUUAUCGUCCAUAUUGCACUUCCACCUUGAAGAGUGAGUGUGAAAGAGAUCAAAAGAGCUUAGCGGAUUAUAAAAAAACACAUUAGAAUAUUUUGAAAUAUUUGUAAAUGUUAAAAACUAUGUUUGUAUUUCUACUUGCUUUGCACAAUGAACCUCUUAGAGGAAAAAAGGGAGUUUUACAUGGAAAUGCGUUAGUUGUCAUGUGUUAUUAAUUAUAUGUAUUUGUGUCACAUGAUAACAAUAAAUUCUUUCAAAAUA